AUGGAGCGCAACGAGAACCGUGUGGGUCGCUGGUACUUUGGCGGUUUGGCUGGUGCCGGUGGAGCCAUGUGUACACAUCCAUUGGAUCUAAUCAAAGUGCAUCUUCAAACCCAACAGACCAAGAUAUCAUUGCCGUCGCUGGUGAAACAAGUAUAUCGGUCGGAUGGUGUUAUGGGAUUCUACAAUGGUUUGACAGCUUCAGUGUUGCGACAAAUGACGUAUUCGUUGAGUCGAUUUGCUGUGUAUGAAGGGGCUAAGCAGCAGUUGGACAGUGGGAAGGGACCGAUGCCGUUUUAUCAAAAGGUCGGCCUGGCUGGACUGUCUGGUAAGGUUUUUAUUCGUUUUUUUUGAAUUUUAGGUAACCGAAGGACUGAAAAACCUUAAUUUAGGUUAUAGCGGCAUGGUUUUGGUACUAAAAGUAAUAAUAAGCCUAGAUACUAAGCCUAAACCUACUAAGCCUAAGCCUAGUAAGCCUAAGCCUAGUAAGCCUAAGCCUAGUAAGCCUAAGCCUAGUAAGCCUAAGCCUAGUAAGCCUAAGCCUAGUAAGCCUAAGCCUAGUAAGCCUAAGCCUAGUAAGCCUAAGCCUAGUAAGCCUAAGCUUACUAAGCCUAAGCCUACUAAGCCUAAGUCUACUAGGCCUAAGCCUACUAAGCCUAAGUCUACUAAGCCUAUGCUUACUAGGCCUAAGUCUACUAAGCUCAAUUUUACUCUUAUGAACAUUUCACAUCAUUUUAGGAGCUAUUGGUGGUUUCGUGGGUCAACCAGCUGAUUUGGUCAAUGUUCGAAUGCAGAAUGACAUGAAGUUGGCAGUGGCGGAUCGUCGAAACUACAAACACGCCUUCGAUGGCAUUUAUCAGAUCUGCAAACAUGAAGGCUACCAAGUACUGUUCAAUGGUGUCACCAUGUGUGUGGGAAGGGCUGUCUUAAUGACUAUUGGUCAACUUUCGUUUUAUGAUCAGGUGGGUCUUAUAGUAUACCCAAGGUGCCUAAAGUACCUAAAAUUUGAUUUUUAGAUUAAAAAUGGGUUUGUGAAUAAAGUUUUUUCUGAUUUUAUGUCUUGUAAAGAAAGUUUUUACAAUUUUUUAUACAUUUCCAAAAAGUAUUUUUUAGUUUUAUGUUUCGUAAAAAAAAGUUAUGACACUUUACGAAAAGUGGAAGUUGGGUGGAAGAUUUGCAAUGUAUUUUGCACUGAAAAUAUUCCACUCGACUUCCAUUCUUAAAAAGUGUUAAAAUGGUCUAAAAACAUGUUUUUGACACUUUUUAGGAGUGGAAGUUGGGUGGAAGAUUUGUAAUGUGUUUUGCACUGAGGAUCUUCCGUCCAACUUCCACUUCUAUAAAGUGUAAAAAACGUGUUUUUAAGCUAUUUUAAGACGCUUUGAAAAUGGAAGUUGAGUGGAAGAUUUUUAGUGCAAAUUGCAUUGCGAAUCUUCCAAUUAACUUCCGCUUUUUUAAACGGUCAAAAACUGUUUAAAGUUAAAUUUUAUGGCUUUUUUAGGUAGCACAAGGUUAGAAAAGCUUUAUUUUAAUUUGUAAAAAGGGUUAAUGAAGGCGUUUUUUUAGGUAAAACAAGUCCUGAUGGCCAAGUUCAAUGCCCCGGACACUGUCCAUACCCACUUGUUCUCUUCGUUUCUGGCCGCUUCAGCCGCGACAGUCCUAACCCAGCCAAUGGACGUGCUCAAGACGCGAAUGAUGAACGCCAAGCCAGGCGAAUUCAAAGGACCAAUGGACUGUUUUGUAUAUACCGCCAAGACCGGCCCCACCGCCUUCUACAAGGGCUUCAUUCCGGCCUUUGUUCGGCUAGCACCACAUACUAUACUGAUGCUGGUGUUCUUCGAACAGCUGAGAUUAAGAUUCGGGUAUAUUCCGCAAAAGGCCACCUCAUAG